CGACAAAGUAAUUGUUUAUUUAAGCAAAGGCUUUCCUUCCCUUUCUCUCCCUUUUUUAUUUUUUAUUUUUUUAUUUUUUUUUUCAUUUUUCUUCCUUCUUAUCAGCGAUACAUAAUUCCCAUGGUGUUAACGAAACAUGUGUGAGCAUUGGUUUGUUCGGGUUUUUAGGAUGACGAUGGAUCUACUCCUGAGAAACCAGUGUUUCCUGACGACACUAUUGGUGCAGCAGUAGUAGCUGCCUCCAACCAGCAGCGAGAAGGGUCGCACGAAGGCAGCAGCAGAUGCAGCAGCAGUCGGAAUCCACGCUUUCGGUGGUGUGCGUCUGUCGGAAAAGGUAAAAGGUAAAACGCAAAAAGAGAGACCAACAAAAAAACAUGGCGAACCAUAGUAUAUGGGUUUAUCAAUCAGAAUCAGAAUCAGGCACAGAGACAUAUGGGUCGCUAAGGUGUUCAUACACACUUUAUUCCGCUCACCCUUCUUUUGCACCUGGGUGCUGUAUCCGGGAUCUCCUUUAAAAGCAGGACCUUUGGCCUCUUCCUUUUCCUCCUCUCUCCUUUCCUUCCUUCCCUUCUCCUCCCUCCUCCGCCUCUUCCUCUGCACACCCCCCUCCCCCUCCCCCUCCCUUCCCAAUCCGUUGAGGGUAAACACACCACAGCUCUCCCAAGCAGCACAGGCGCCUCCCAUUUCAGGAACCGAAUUUUAUCUUCUAAUCAGAAACACAUUCAGGAUGGCACCACCCAACACUAUCGAUGCCGGCUUGGCUCACCGCCGAGUUGCUACCGCCCCUGCUUCGGCUGACAAGCCUAUCAUUGAGCGCAACUACCAACUCCCCGAGUUCACGAUCAAGGAGAUUCGUGAGUGCAUUCCUGCUCACUGCUUUGAGCGCUCUGGACUCCGCGGCCUGACCCAUGUGGCCAUCGAUCUGACCUACAUGUCGCUCCUGUUCCUGGCUGCGACCCAGAUCGACAAGCUGCCCCACCCCCUACUCCGUUACCUCGCCUGGCCCGUCUACUGGGUCCUGCAGGGCAUUGUCGGUACCGGCCUCUGGGUCCUGGCCCACGAGUGUGGCCACCAGUCCUUCUCAACCUCAAAGACCCUCAACAACACUGUCGGCUGGGUCUUACACUCGUGCAUGUUGGUCCCCUACCACUCCUGGAGAAUCUCGCACUCGAAGCACCACAAGGCCACGGGCCAUAUGACGAAGGAUCAGGUCUUUGUCCCCAAGACCCGCACGCAGGUCGGAUUGCCUCCUAAGGCUGUGAUUGAGAAGGAGGACGAUAUUGAGACUUCUCAUCUGGAGGAGGAGGCCCCCAUUGUCACCCUGUUCUGGAUGCUUAUCCAGUUCUUGUUCGGCUGGCCCGCUUAUCUGUUCAUGAACGCCUCGGGCCAGAACUACGGACGGUGGACCUCGCACUUCCACACCUGGUCCCCCAUUUUCGAGCCCCGCAACUUUUCGGAUGUUAUUUUCUCGGACGUUGGUGUGCUGCUCACUCUCGGCGGUAUCACCUAUGCCGCUCUCCAGACCUCUUUCCUGACCGUGGCCAAGUACUAUAUCGUCCCUUACCUGUUUGUCAACUUUUGGCUGGUCCUGAUCACGUUCCUUCAGCACACCGACCCCAAGAUGCCCCAUUACCGCGAGGGCACCUGGAACUUCCAGCGUGGAGCCCUGUGCACGGUCGAUCGCUCGUUCGGCAAGUUUUUGGAUGUGAUGUUCCAUGGAAUCGUGCAUACGCAUGUGGCCCACCACCUGUUCUCGCAGAUGCCGUUCUACCACGCGGAGGAGGCGACCUAUCAUCUGAAGAAGCUACUGGGGCCUCAUUAUAUCUACGACGACACACCGAUCGCAGUCGCUUGCUGGAGGUCGUUCAGGGAGUGUCGAUUCGUGGAGGAUGAGGGCGACGUUGUCUUUUAUAAGAAAUAGAGGGCAGAUUAUGACCUCCAUCAAGAUACAUCCCACAGAACAUACUAGGCAUUUCUUGGAGAUAUUUGCUCAUUGUUUUCUUAUCUCAUAGCACAGCAUUUUAGAAACAUCCAUGUUUGUGCAAGAAAAUUGCCCACUCCUAAACCCCAUAAACACUUAAAAUCAAUCAGCGUUUGGUAUG